GCAGUAACACAAAGGCAUCCAGAAGGGCAUCUCGGACCUGUGGUUUUCGAUUCAGCGAAGGGCUUUCGGUUUCCUCUAUCGCGUUUCCGGUUUCCUCACUUUACAGAUUUCUCUGCGCCUCGAUCCGCCACCGUAGGUCUUCGUUCUUGAAUUCCAAAACCCUAACCCUAUUUCUGUUUUUCUAUCUUUGGAUCCUUAGAUAUAUCGUCGAGAUCGUCAUUGGUAUGAGAACCAUGAGUGACGAUGGAGAGAAGACAUGUCCUCUCUGCACUGAAGAGAUGGACUUGACAGAUCAGCAGUUGAAGCCUUGCAAAUGUGGUUACGAGAUAUGUGUAUGGUGUUGGCAUCACAUAAUGGACAUGGCUGAGAAGGACGAGUCAGAAGGGCGGUGCCCGGCAUGCCGCACACCUUAUGACAAAGAAAAAAUUGUAGGAAUGGCGGCCAACUGUGAAAGGUUGGUCGCUGAAAUCAAUUCAGACAGGAAAUUGAAGUCUCAGAAAUCAAAACCAAAAACUUCUGAAGGAAGGAAGCACCUUAGCAGUGUGAGAGUAAUUCAGCGGAACCUGGUGUACAUAAUUGGGAUACCAUCUAAUUUAGCAGAUGAAGAUCUUCUUCAACGCAAGGAGUAUUUUGGGCAAUAUGGCAAGGUUUUAAAGGUGUCUAUUUCUCGGACAGCAGGGGGUGUUAUUCAGCAUUCUGCGAACAACACUUGUAGUGUAUAUAUUACUUACUCAAAAGAGGAGGAAGCAGUUAGAUGUAUUCAAUCGGUACAUGGUUUUAUCUUGGAAGGUAGACCAUUGAGAGCAUGCUUUGGAACCACAAAAUACUGUCAUGCAUGGUUGAGAAAUGUGCCUUGCACCAAUCCAGAUUGUUUAUAUUUGCAUGACAUUGGUACACAAGAAGAUAGUUUUACAAAGGAUGAAAUAAUUUCAGCCUAUACAAGGAGUAGAGUUCAACAAAUUACUGGUGCUACAUAUAAUUUGCAAAGGCGUUCAGGGAAUGUGUUACCUCCUCCAGCUGAUGACUACUGUAAUAGCAGUGCGACUUCUUCGAGCAAACCUAUCAUCAAAAGUCCCCCCAGUAAUCCCGUGAGCCAGGUCAAAGGUUCCCCCCCUAAUGAUAGUUCUGGAAGAUCUAUAGCUCUUCCUGCAGCUGCGUCAUGGGGUAUGCGGGGUUCAAAUUGUCGACCUCCAGCUCCAAGUUUGGUGUCUUCCAAUGGGCCUGCAAGACAAAAACCUGAACUGGUUACGAACACAAUUCAGAUUUCUACAUUGCACAACGAUUUAGGAAAAAAAUCCAUGGUUACGGAAGAUAGUCAUUCAACACAUCCUAUUGGUAGAUCAGAAGCACUGGACUUUUCUAAACAAUCUGUUCUCAGAGAUGGUCAUAGACCUGUAUUGGAUAAACUUGUAGAUGUCCAAGAGACAGCUCCAUAUACUUACAGCGACCGCUUGUCUCCGUUGGUAUCCAAGGAUAAAGAGAGGGGGAAUGCUGUGCCACCAAAUGUGCAAAAUUCUGUAGACAUUGAUAGACAGUCUUGCAAUUCUACUCCAGCCAAAGAUGGGAAUUGUGCUACAAGUGCAAGCAUCCAGAAUUUAUGCUCGGGGUUGUUGUCUAUGAACAUUGAAAGCCAACCUGGUAAUGAGUUUUCUGACUCCACAAGAUCUAACAGUUCAGUUCCAUACCAUACUGAAUUCAGGUCAUCUGGAAAUCAAGGUUUAGAACCUCAGUCUGAUCAAUUUAGAGAACCUUUAACAAUGCAGCCCUCGAGGAUAGCUGACACACUGUUCGAUAGUUGGUCUGGUUCAGGUGAACAACCAAAUUGGAGAUUGGAUUCACAGGCACAAGUUUUGCCAGAUGUAGGCAGUAAAGUUGAGGAGGAUCUUAUAGCUUUGGGUAGUGAAAGACAAAAUGUUGUAGAAGCUGUCAGUUGUCCAUCAUAUAUGCCUUCUUCACAUAAUCCAUCCAAGAUCACAAAUCAGUAUAGCGGAUCUUCUUGGCAUCAGAGUGAAACAUCUAGUAAUAGCAAUCUUGGUAAUGCAGAUACAAGAAUUGUAAAUACAAGAGUUGAUGAAUCCUCUAUUCCAUUCAAGUCUGGUGGUUCAGUAUUAUCAAAUGGAUGUAAUGUAAACAUAGUUGGCAGCCGCAUUGAAAAUGCGAUGCCUGAGCAUUCCAAUGUGUCCUCAAGUGUAGAGAAAGGGAACUUUUUGGGGAGAAACAAAGAUGAUGUAGUCAGUGUUGGAAAGAAUGCAGCUUUAGAUAUGGGAGAGAGCAGCAUUAUCUCAAAUAUCUUGUCAUUGGACUUAGAUACUUGGGAUGAUUCAUUGACCUCACCACAUAAUUUGUCUAAAUUGUUGAAUGAAACUGAUAAGCAACAUGGUUCCCUUAAAAUAUCGAGUUCAUGGAAAGCACAAAACAGCAAUCAAUCAAGGUUCUCGUUUGCAAGAAACGAUGAUUUUGCAAAUGAAGUAGCUGACUUGGAGCCUUCUUUCAAUUCAAAUGGGUACAUGGCAAAUAAAUAUACUGCCCCCCAGGGUUCAUUUGAAAACAGGGAUCAUUUCUUGGACAAAUUUCGCAAUGGUUUUUCGUCUGGCAUUUUUGAGGAAUCUGAUAAUCACUUCAGCAACCAUUCACCUGUCUCUUCAAAUAAGCUUUCUGCUGCUUCUAGAGCUCAAAUUUCGGUACCACCAGGGUUCGCAGUUCCAAGCAGGGCUCCUCCUCCUGGUUUCUCUUCUCAAGAGAGAAUGGACCCGUCUUUCGAAGCUACUUACGGGAAUCAUUUACUUGAAAGCUCCUCUCUGAGAAAUCAGUAUCAGGCCCCACCAACUGGAAAUAUUGGCAGCAUUGGAGAUGUUGAAUUUAUUGAUCCUGCAAUAUUGGCUGUUGGCAAGGGCAGGCUGCCGAAUGGGAUAAAUAGUUCAGGCUUAGAUCUGAGACCAGGCUUUCCUUCACAGGUUACUCCUGAAAAUGAUGCAAGGCUUCAGUUGUUGAUGCAGCAAUCCAUCUCUACUCACCAGAUGCAGCAAUCCAUCUCUUCUCACCAGAAUGCAAGAUUUGCUGACCAAUUUGGCGACAGGUUCUCCUGGAGUGACGCUUAUAGUAUUCCUUCAAGGCUUUUGGAACAAUCACAAGCUAGUAACCUGACCCCUUAUGCACAGCUGUCACUCCAACAGUCCAGAAAUGUGCGUUUUCCAAAUGGUCAUUGGGAUGGCUGGAAUGAGGUACAGACCAGUAGUGACCUGGGUAUGGCAGAGAUUCUGAGAAGUGAGAGACUAGGACUCAACAAGUAUUUUCCUGGUUAUGAGGAGUUGAAGUUUAGGAUGCCUAGUUCAGGUGACUUAUAUAACAGAGCAUUUGGGAUGUGAUCUAUAUUUGAGAUGAAACUUUUCUUUAGCUGGCUUUGCAUUCCUUUACAUGGAGCAACAGGUGUGACCAUAUGUGCCUAACAAGAAAAUAUGCUCUGGAGUUGAUGAUUCUGGUUUGUCAGAGGAAGCUUGAAGAAGGAUUGAUUGAGCUCUCAUACAUCUUUCUUGGUUACAGAAUGUUGAUCACUUCAGGUUCUAGAUUUCAGCAGCUGAGGAGCUAUAUUAUCACAUAAAAAUAACGUGUCUUCAUGCAUUAAUGUGGGGCAUGCAUUGGACCUGGACCCUGUUCUAUUAGGAGUGAUUCUGCUGGGCCAAAAAGCAGGAAGUUUUGGAUGAAUGCAACCGCUUGUUUCUACUGUUUCUCAUUUGGAUGGCAAAAGACACCAUAUACUGUCAUUGUUUCUACUGUUUCAUUUGGAUGGCGAAAGACACCAUCGACUGUCAUUUUCAUGAAAUCUUCCUUUCAGAUAUGAACUGAUCUUGCUGGUCAUUUGCUUAGGUUCUCUCUUAGGUGGGUGGCCUAGUCAGUGGUGGUAUGUAGUGCUGGCGUCUUGCCCCUGAACGUUGAGACUGACUUGUGGGCCUAUUACCCUUGACGUGUGCUCUGCAUGUUGUUUAGGGAACUUUUAAAAUGUGUGUUUUGUGAUGGGCAGAUAAGCUGUAAUGGGAACUUUUGCUUGAAAAGGUGCUUGAAGGUGUCAUGAGGUACAGGUUUACCUCCACUGGGGAUUGUUAUGUUCACACCUGAAAGAGUGAAAAUUUGGGCUGUUGAAGUCUCAUAACUGAAGAACAGAAUCUGGAAAAUUUGUUAAUUUGUUCAUAAUGCUUGAAAAUUUGUUUGGAUCAAGAUUUGAUUUCGAAGUUAGCAAAAAUGUUCAUACUAUGUCCUAAUUUUUUCAUUCACCUUUUAAAUGGAAAUGGAUUUUUGAGCUUUGUGU